AUGACUUUCAAUUGGAUGCAAGGAGUAUUCUUUGCUUUUUUGAAGUGUUUUGGUGUUGAAUUUGUCGAAGAUCGUGCAUGUGAAGAUAGUUCUUCGAGUAGAAACAAGAAAAGCUUUCUAAAUUUUUCAGAACUAUCACUCUCAAAUACUCAAACUAAUAAUGGGAGUUCAAUAGAAAAGAGUAGUAAUUAUGUCUCAAUUUCUCAAUUAUUAUUAGAAAGCAAUAUUAAUCCAUCUAGUCAAAAAAAUGCAAAAGAGCAUGCUAGUGUGAAGUUGAGUAAGUUGGUGGAAAUUUAUAGCGACAAGAAGAGAGACCAAGUAUAUGGUGUUGAUGUUCUUUCAUCAUCCUUAAAUAAAGAACCAUCAGAAUUAAAGUCAGAUGAAAUUAUUACAACCAUUGAUUCAGACACAAAACCUCAUGCAUGUACAUUUAGUGAAAAUUCAUUAUUCACAAAUACUCAAACUCUUCAAAGGCUUACUCAACCUUGCGAAUGUCCACUUGAUAUUUUAUAUUCCUUUCAACAUUCACUCCAAAAAAGGAAAAAGGCUAGAAUCGGGCCCUUGCAUAUUUAA